AUGACCACCAAACAAACUAGAAAGAAAGAGGUGCAUCGUAUCAACUCGGCGCACGGAUCGGAUAAAUCUAAAGAUCAGUUCCCUUUUGGCAGUAAUGUGCAACCCAGUGAACAGAAGAAGGGGAAAUUUCCAAUCUGGCCAGAAUGGAGCGAGGCAGACAUAAAUGCUGAAAAGUGGGAUGCAGGCAAAGGUGCAAAAGAAAAGGACAAAACAGGGAAAAGCCCUAUACUUCAUUUUUUUGAAGACCCUGAAGGAAAGAUUGAAUUACCACCAUCAUUGAAAAUUUAUUCCUGGAAACGUCCACAGGAUUUUUUAAUUAAUCAGGCUCCAGUGGUUGUGAAAAACGAAAUCCUGUUUGACUUGUUUUCAGCAAAUGAGCAUUUACUCUGCAGUGAGCUGAUGAGAUGGAUUAUCAGCGAAAUCUACGCCAUGUGGAAGAUAUUCAAUGGGGGUGCUUUGAGCAAUUAUUCUAAAGGGACUGCAGGGGAACCUCCUCUUCUGGUCUGGAAGCCCUGGGAACACAUUUACUCUCUGUGCAAGGCUGUGAAGGGUCACAUUCCCUUGUUCAAUAGCUAUGGAAAGUAUGUUGUGAAACUUUACUGGAUGGGUUGCUGGAGAAAGAUAACUAUUGAUGACUUUCUGCCUUUUGAUGAAGAAAACAAUCUAUUGCUUCCAGCUACAACCUAUGAAUUUGAACUUUGGCCAAUGCUUUUGUCUAAAGCUAUCAUUAAGCUGGCAAAUGUGGACAUCCAUGUAGCAGAGAGGAGAGAACUGGGAGAGUUCACAGUGAUUCACGCACUCACAGGAUGGUUACCAGAAGUCAUUUCUCUCCACCCAGGAUAUAUGGACAAAGUUUGGGAGCUCUUGAAAGACAUAUUGCCCGAGUUUAAGCUGUCAGAUGAGUCCAGCUCUGAAAGCAAAAUAACAGACAUAGAUGCCAAAUUGAAAGAACAAGGGAAAGACAUGAAGGAUGGGAAAGAAGUGAAAGAUGGCAAAGAAAUGAAAGAUGACAAGGAAUUCAAACCUGAAGGUUCAGCAACAACACUAAAAUUACCUGAGAAAAGUGACAGAGUUUUAAAGGAAAAAGCUGAUGCAAAAGACCUUGGAAAGAAGAGGAGUAAAGAUGGAGAGAAGGAAAAAUUCAAAUGGUCUCUUCAUGGUUCAAGGCCCUCAUCAGACGUACAAUAUUCUCUACAGUCUCUGUCAGAUUGUUCUUCAGCAAUACAGUCCCCUCAGAUGGUUGUAUAUGCUACCUUUACACCUCUGUAUUUGUUUGAAAAGAAGAUCUUUUUAUUGGAGAAGAUGGCUGAUUCUGCUGAGAAGCUUAGGGAAUAUGGGCUUUCCCACAUCUGUAGCCAUCCUGUGCUGGUGACAAGAACUAGGUCUUGUCCCCUUAUAGCACCACCAAAACUACCUCCUAUACCUCCGUGGAAACUCCUUCGUCAAAAAAAAGAAACUGUUAUAACAGAUGAAGCUCAAGAAUUAGUAAUAAAGAAGCCUGACCAGUUUCUUGAGAUUUCAAGUCCGUUUUUGAAUUAUAGAAUGACUCCAUUUACAAUUCCAACAGAAACUCAUUUUGUACGAUCUUUGAUUAAGAAAGGGGUGCUUCCAGCAUCUGGUUUAUCUUCCCUUACUGAAAAUGAUGAAACUACAACCUUUAGCCAGACAGGCUUAAGUCAGUUGACAAGAAAUAUGUCUCAGGGUAAUGCUGCUUCACAAGCUAUACUCAGAAAAGGUAAAGAUGAACUACCAGACUAUGGAUUGAAUGAUGCAGCCCAUCCAGCUGAAGGAAUCAGUCUGGAAAGAGAUUUGGUCAGCCAGACAACAGCAACACAGGAAAAAUCGAAGGAGGAACUUGCAACAGUAAAUAAUGGUGUUUCUAAAGAAAUAUGGUUAGAUUUUGAAGACUUCUGUGUAUGCUUUCAGAGUAUAUAUAUUUUCCACAAGCCAAGUUCAUAUUGCCUUAACUUUCAAAAAUCAGAAUUCAAGUUCUCAGAUGAACGUGUGUCCUACUAUCUAUUUGUGGACAGUCUAAAGCCCAUUGAACUACUGAUUUGCUUUUCUGCAUUGGUACGCUGGGGAGAAUCUGGAGCUUUAACAAAGAACAGCCCUCCCAUACAGGCUGGACUACUUACAGUUGAGACAGUUUCUUGGAAAUCUCUGAGGCCACGUGAUCUUGUUGUGACAAUUCACACGUAUGCUACCAAGGCUACAGUGGUUCGCCUGCCUGUUGGGAGACACAUGCUGCUCUUCACCGCAUACUCCCCCGUGGGGCACUCCAUACACAUCUGCAGCAUGGUGACCUUUGUCGUCGGGGAUGAAGAUGUUGUGCUACCCAACUUUGAGCUGGAGAGCUACCGAUUUACAGAGCAGGCUUUAACAAUUUUGAAAGCUGUUGGACAUGGGAUUGCUAAUUUCGAAGAUAAGGCUAAACUUUCUGCAGCCCUGAAGGAUCUACAAACAGCUCACUACCCUAUUCCCCUCCAGGAUAAAAGACUAACCACACAGCACUUCCGGGUUUUUCAUGUUUCUUUAUGGCAUUUAAUGAAAAAAGCUCAAAUAGCAAAACCUCUUCCCAACCUCAAAUUUGCAUUCCGUGCUAUGGUUUUGGACUUGGACUUACUUGAUUCUUCUUUGGAAGAGGCUUCUUUAGCGGAAUGGGUAGAUGUUAAAUAUAAUGUGCCAACAAGCGAUAAAGAGUAUUCUCCUGAGGAAGUAGCAGCAGCAAUUAAAAUUCAAGCCAUGUGGAGAGGGACGUACGUCAGAUUACUUAUGAAAGCUAGAACACCAGGCACAAAGGAAAAUACCAGUGUUGCAGAUACUCUUCAAAAAGUUUGGGCUGUACUGGAACAGAAUAUAGAACAGUAUGCGAUUUCUCUCUUAAGACUAAUGUUUAAAAGUAAGUGCAAGUCUAUGGAAUCUUAUCCAUGCUAUCAAGAUGAAGAAACUAAGAUUGCUUUUGCUGACUACACUGUGACUUAUGCAGACCAGCCACCAAAUACUUGGUUCAUAGUAUUCAGAGAAACAUUUUUGGUUCCUCAAGAUAUGACUUUGGUUCCCAAAGUAUAUACUUCGCUUCCAGUCUGUGUGCUCCACGUUGUUAAUAAUGACACAAUGGAACAAGUGCCAAAGGUAUUCCAAAAAGUGGUGCCUUAUCUUUAUACUAAGAAUAAGAAAGGAUAUACAUUCGUGGCGGAAGCAUAUACUGGUGAUGUGUAUGUAACAUCCUCACGAUGGAAAAUGCGCCUCAUUGGUUCUUAUCAUCCACUCCCGUGCCUGUCUCGAGAUCCUCCAUGUAAUACCUUUGCCAUAAAGGAAAUCAGAGAUUACUACAUACCCAAUGAUAAGAAAAUUGUAUUCAGGUAUUCAGUUAAAGUUGCAUUACCACAUCCUGUUACAAUACAGGUACGCACGUCCAAACCGGAUGCAUUCAUCAAGCUACAGAUCCUAGAAAAUGAAGACGUUAUCGCGAGCUCCACCGGGAAGGGCCAAGUUAUCAUUCCAGCAAUUAACCUCUUGGGGAAUGAGAAAGCCUUGAGCUCCCAGUCUAGCAAGCAAAUUCUUUCAACUCAUGCUUCAUUCAAGAAAGAGCAAGAAUUUUACGUUAAGAAGAAAUCUGCCACAGGAGGUCAGAAAUCCUAUAAAAGACCUGGAAGUGCAAUAGUAGACACUGGUCAGCCUAUUUUGGAUGAGGAAACUAUCUCUGUACCCACUAUAGAAGAAAAUGCUAGCACACCACAGCAGGUAUACAAGUAUAUUAUACAGUGUUUGGUGUUGUAUAACAGUUGGCCUCUCACUGAAAGUCAACAGAUGUUUGUUCAAGCACUAAAAGACUUAGAGAAAAAUGAUAACAAAGCACAUGGAGAGAAACAUGAGGAAUUAAUUACCUUAGGAAGUCCAGAUUCCCACACUAUUAGUGAGGGACAAAAAUCUUUAGGAACUUCCAAAACAACAAGGAAAGGCAAAGAAAAGUCUUCUGAGAAAGAAAAGAUAGCCAAAGAAAAACAAGCGCCUCGCUUUGAGCCUCAGAUAUCCACUGCUCACCCUCAACAAGAAGACCCAAAUAAACCCUACUGGAUUUUGAGGUUGGUCACUGAAUACAAUGAAGCAGACUUUUUUGAAGUGAAAAAAGAUACAGAACGAGCAGAUGAAAUCCAAGCCAUGAAGCAGGCCUGGGAGAUGACUGAGCCAGGAAGAUCAAUCAAGGCUGCCCAGGCGCGUCUCCAUUAUCUCAGCCGGUUCAUUAAGAAAACACCUGAUGCUGAGUGCGUGCCUAUGUCUGAAAGCCAAACCAAAGAAGGGGAAGAAGUAGAAACAUCUUCAAGUGCCAUAAAAGAGUCAGAUAUAAAGAGUUCCAUGAGUUUAGAUAACAGAGAGACUAUGCUAUCAGGGAGUAUGCUGUGGAAGAAGUGGCAGACGAACAAGGGCUUCAAGGAUCUGGCAAAAUCAACAAGCAGUGAAAGUGGAGGAUCAUCCCCUGCAGGGAAGGAAGAGCGUGAGCAGAGCAUGCGGAAGGAAAAUAUCAGAACAGGGCCUUAUUCACGAUCCCCAACAAUUUUGGAAAUGUCUCCCCAACUUAUUCGAAAAAAACUAGAAUGUGUAGACUUAAGUCAAUAUGUACGAAAAACAAAUACUGAUCCUCUGCUGCAAACGGAUGAGCUGAAUCAGCAGCAGGCAAUGCAAAAGGCAGAGGAGGUCCAUCAGUUUCGACAGUAUAGGACCAGACUCCUUAGCAUUCGUGGUAUUGAGCAAGAAGAAAGGCUUAAAGUAAAGGAUCAAGUUCUGGAGAUGUACGGGGAGAUGCGGGACUCCUUAGAUGAAGCCCGGCAGAAGAUCUUCAAUAUCCGGGAAGAGUAUAGAAACAAGUUACUGGAAGCUGAGCGCCAAAGAUUGGAGUCUCAGGCUGCGGAGGAAGCCGCGAUCCGGCUAGAGCCAGAAAAGAAGGUCCCGGCUCCAGACACACAAAAAAAACAGAAAGGAAAGAAAAAGUAACCAGGAGAUGC